CAUGCAACUGUCUUCCUGGUAGGGUAGAGCUGCCUCUCCCAUCACCUUUCCCGUACCGAGUUAAGAAUGGCACCACUAAAGUAAGUUAUUAAAAGAAAUAGGUAGACAUAACAAUGACAGAAAACCAUGUGUCAGGGAUGGAGGCGUCUGCCGUGUCGGUCCUGAAGCGUGCCGUGGAGCUGGAUCAGAGUGGGCGCCUCCAGGAGUCUCUGGUGUGUUACCAGGAAGGCAUACAACUACUUAUUGACGCGUUGAAAGCAGCUGUUAAAGAUGAGACGAAAAGAGGCCACUACAGGGAAAAGAUCAAGGGCUACAUGGACAGAGCUGAGCAAAUCAAAGCUCAUGUGAACCAGAUGAAAGAAGAUGGAAAAUACCACGAGCAAAUUAAGAUAUCAGAGGAUGCCACUGGUUACAGCUACGAAGCUCUGCUGAAACCCUACAUCAGCAGCGCUCUCACAGAGGUCUGGGUGGAGGAUCCAUACAUACGACACACCCAUCAACUGUACAACUUUGUGAGGUUCUGUGAGAUGCUGCUCAAAGCCCCCUGCAAGGUGAAAACCAUCCAUCUCCUCACCUCACAGGAUGAGCCGGACAAUGGCCAGCAAAGCAGCGCUCUGGCGGAGCUCAAAGAGAGCCUCAGGACUCUGGGAGUCACUCUGGAUCUUCAGUACUCCUCUACCAUCCAUGAUAGGGAGAUCAGGUUUGACAAUGGCUGGAUCAUCAAAAUCGGUAGAGGGUUGGAUUACUUCAAGAGGCCUAAAGGUCGAUUCUCCAUCGGCUAUUGUGAUUAUGAUCUGCGGCAGUGCCAGGAAACCACCGUUGACAUCUUUCACUCAAAGCACACAAAAACCCUAUGAGAUUACAUAAAUUCAUAAUGACUUGAAUAACUUACUUGCUCUAAAACAUGCACACACCUGCUGUGCUGCUGGCGUUGCCUUCAAACAAGACUUUUUAACCUGUUGCUGCUCUGAUAUGUUGUUACCCACAGCUAAUUUCAACCUUGAUUCCACUGUCUUGUCUUGGACGGGUCCUUUUCGGCACUUUUACUCCUUUUAUUUGUGGUUUAAUUAAAUACAGAGAGAGGGAUUUUAAACGGGUUGUACCACCAUCUGGUGGAAGAAUUCAUGUAUUUUCUAAAAAUGAUUAAAUGUUUU